AUGGACGACCCUCGCCUCGAGACCUUGACUGAGGAGCCUUCGGGCUCAGGGGAGCCGGCAAAAGCCAGCCCUCAGAGCCAGAAGCAGAAACAGCCUACGCAGCAGAAGGAGCAGCAGCGCGUGCUACGCCAGCGCGCCAAGAACCGAAGCGAUAGCUUUGCCACCUACUUCCCGCGGGUUCUCAAGUACAUCCACAAGGACCUGAGCCUCUCGCAGAAGACCGUUAGCGUCCUGGAUUCCUUCGUGAAGGACAUGUUCGAGCGCAUCGCCCAAGAGUCCAGUCACCUGGUCCGCUCCAACCAGCGCGCCACCCUCACGUCCAGAGAGAUCCAGACGGCCGUGCGCCUGCUGCUGCCCAGGGACCUGGGCAAGUUAGCCGUGAGAGAGGGCACCCAGGCCCUCAUCAGAUACAUCCACCGCAAAUGA